AUGGCUGUUUUGUCGUUGUUUGACCCCUUAAUACUAGAACAUAUCAACUGUUCUGAAUUGAUCAAGAAACAUGUAGUCCAUAUAAACUUUCAGAGUCCUAAAACGAUUCCGAAAAUACGGCCUCUAUUAUCAUCUGAUUAUGAUUAUCUUGCUUUAUUAAAACAGUUAACCGUAGUUGGGAAGAUAGAACAGAGAGAAUUCGAUGAAAGAUUUUCUUUGAUGGCCUCUUGCUUGGAUACAUAUUUUAUUGUAGUUUUAGAAGAUGCUACAACAAGUAGAAUCAUUGGGGCAGCAACUCUCUUCAUAGAGUUAAAGUUCAUUCACCAAUGUUCGAAGCGUGGUCAUAUUGAGGAUGUUAUAGUUGAUUCAAGAUAUCGCGGGAUGAAUUUUGGAAGACUAAUUUUUACUUCGAAGUGAUUUGUUUCUGUUUUUAUGAUCUUCCUGAUUGAAGAUUAUCUCAAUUUCAACAAUUUAUCUUAUCACACUGAACCUUGGCUUUUCAUGAUGAAUAUUCAAGCCCUCUACAACAGAACUAAUAUUAGUUACCCUGAUAAAAAAAAUAACGUUAUUUUACCUCAUUAUUACCAUGUUUAGUGAAAAAAAAUAUCACUAUCAUUGAAAGUAAUAUCAUUUCAGAAAAAUAAAUAUGUAUAUUUGUGAUUGUACAACUUUGAAAAUGAAUUCAACGAAAAAGGUAGAACUCUUCACUGAAAUUAUUCUUACUUACAUUAUAUUUUAAUGGAUAUAUUUCGUAUUACAAUUAGUCAAAAUAAGGCAUACAUAAACACGUCAAUUAAACAAAAUAUUAAAUGAGUAAACUUUUGCAUUUGGUUACUCAAUUAAUUCGAUAUAACAUUUCUUUUAAUAUGCAUUUUAUUUACAAGAUAUAUGGUAUUCUAUUGAUUGGA